AUGAAUAAUUUGCAUCAGGAAACUAAAUUGAUAAACAAAAAUUUAGAUCUUAUGCAUAUAUCGAAAGUUUCAAGUGAGGAUAGUUCUACUCCCAUAGGGACUAGUGAUGAUAGUAUUUCUUCAUCUUCUUCUUCAAAAGCUAACGACUUCACAAAAUAUAAGGACACCAACGAAACAGCUUCUGAAUUUUCUGCUGAUAUCAAACCUUUGCAAUUCACCAUGAAAAGAUCACCAAUUAAUAACACUUUUGAACGUAAUGCAGCUAUAGAAUCCCAAAGAUUAAAACAACACUCAAAUACUGCACCAUCUCUUACCAGCUUUCCAAUUUCUUCCAUCAAUAACAGUAGCGACAACUCAACGAGGCCGAGCUACAUGACUGAUGAUGCAACAAAAAUAUCUUCAAGCUCCACUGGGACAUUAUCAAGUGCUUCUAGAUCAAGAGCUAAGACAACAACAGCAAGUAACAAUAUACAUGGACGAACUGGUACUAGCAAACCUAAUAAUAUAUCAAAUCCAUUAUGUUGUGCUAAUUAUUCAUUUAAUGCCAUUGAUCAAGAUCAAUUUGAAAAAUACCUAAAAGAACCUCAUUAUAUCAAACUAUUGAAUAAAAGAAAAAGUUUUAAAAUAUUCAGGAGAUUAUUCCUAGCCCAAGAAUUGAAAGCAUUCGACGAUGAGAACAGAAUUACUGGAUUUCCUGCUAAUUCACAUGCUGAUUCUAGUAAAGUAAUAAACAAUAUACCGUUACAUUCUCCUCCUAUAACACCAACUUCAUCAUCAACAAAUUUAACUCAACCAUCAGAUAGGGCUAUUUGGAUAACAAAAUUUAGCCUGGAUGGAAAGUUUAUGGUUACCACAGGUAAAAGUGGUAUCAUACGAAUCUGGAAAGUAUUGAAUUCACCGGUAGAGAGAUGGGAGUUAAAUUCAAGUAUUGAUUCAAAUAAUUCCGCAAGAGUCAAAGCUUUGCGUCUAAGAAACAAUUUAAAUCCAUCACCUUCCUUAUCACCAAAUCAUUCUGGCCCAAUGGGGGGCAAUAAUAAUAGUUCAUCAACUAAAUACAAUGGAACCACCAUGGAUCCAUCUCUAGAUAACUUAACCCACUCACUAAAUGAUAGUAUCACAAAGAAUAAUGGAACAAUGAAUUUAUAUGCACCAGUAUUCAAUCCUAUCUGUUACAAAAUGUUUAAAGAACACAAAUCAGAUGUUCUUGAUUUGGAUUGGUCCAAGAACAACUUCUUAGUAACUGCAUCAAUGGAUAAAACAGUAAAACUGUGGCAUAUUGAUAGAGCAACUUCAUUGAGGACAUUUAGGCAUCAAGAUUUUGUUACAUGUGUAGCAUUCCAUCCAAUAGAUGAUAGGUUUAUCAUCAGUGGGUGUUUAGAUCAUAAAUGUAGGCUCUGGUCAAUAUUAGAUAACGAAGUUAGUUUUGAAUUUGAUUGUCAUGAUUUAAUUACUUCUUUAACACUAUCACCUGAAGAUGGGAAAUACACUAUUGUGGGCACUUUUAAUGGUUAUAUACAUAUAUUAUUAACAAAAGGAUUACAACAUGUUUCAUCCUUCCAUGUUACUGAUAAAACUACACAAGUUGAAAAUUUGAAAAACACUCCAAUUAGUAUAUAUAAGAAUCAUAAGAUCCAGCAUGGACCAAAAAUUACAGGAUUGGAAUCUUUUAGGGCGAAAAUAGACAACUCUUUAAGAUUAAUUGUUACAACUAAUGAUUCCAAGAUAAGAAUAUUUGAUGUUAAAAGUAGAAAAAUGAUGGAGCUAUUAAAGGGAUUCCAUAGCGGUUCGUCACAGCACAGAGCACAACUGGCACUCCAUCAUAAUCAACCAGUCGUUAUGAGUAGUAGUGAUGAUCAUUGGGCGUAUGGUUGGAAACUUAAAUCAUCUUCUGUCACAGUAAAUGAAAGCGGACGUUUUUCUUCAAAUGCAUUGUCACCACAACUUUCUCAUAAUAAUACCAAUGGAACUGCACCUGCGCGAGGUACAAUAAUUAGAUCAGCCAGUCUAAAGAAUUUGUUCUCUAGACCAUUAACGAAAACAUUAAGUCAAAACAGUAAUGAUGAUAAGCAAUCAAUACCAGCACCAUCUUCACAUAAUCAUUUGACGUUAACUUCCUUUUUAUCGCACUACGGACAUCAUGAAAAGUUAAUAAAGAAUAGUGAGUGUAUUUCAUUCCAUGCAAGCCAUGCCCCUGUUACAUCGUUUACCUCAGCACCCUCUGGAACUGCCAAGACAUUAUCGUUAUCGAAUGAUUUCAUCUGUGAACUAUCAACUGAAUUCUAUGAAGAUACAAAUGAUUAUGAAUUUGAUGAUGAUUAUAUUACUCAUAAACGAUCAGGUAAUAAAAAUAAUAACUCAAAUAUUAUAAAUGUAGUAAAGGCUAUUGGUCCAAUAAUGGUAACGACUGAUAACGCGGGUACGAUUCGUGUCUUUAGAACAGAUAUCUCCAAUAAGAUCAGAAGAAGAGUACUGAAAAAAUUACAAGAAGACAAACUACAACAAAGUUUACAACUAUCCCUACAAAAAAAUCAUUCCGUGAAAUCUAUGAUGAGAUUACCAUUGACAUCAUCUUCAGUUAAUACUCCUCAUAGUAACCUGCGUCCAUCUCCACUAAGUGAUGCUUCAGCUCUUCAUACUGGAACGAACAAGAAAGGUAAACGUUCAUGCCCCGUAAUUAGGUCGAAGUCUAGUGCCACCAUUAGUGCCAUGGCUUUGACUUCAACCAGAGGUGGAAGUCUUUCUAGGCGUGCUUUGACUAAUCAAGCACCAUUUAAGAGGAACUCGUCCUAUAACAAUGUAACCUCUGAUUCAAACAAUGAUAGUAACAACAGCACAUAUCCAGGCCAUCCUGAAACAUCCCCCAGUAACUUGGAACUGAAAUGUGAUAUUUGUCAUGGUAGCAACUUUGAAAUUCUUUCAGAAAGGUCAGAGAACACAUAUUAUUGUACCGAUUGUGGUACUGUUUUGAACAACUUCAGAUAA